AUGACGGAAAUGGAAAGGAAAGCCGCGAUAAUAGUCGGCUAUCAGCUGCGGCUGCUUCUGCUGACCGUGACUUUCGCCACCGCAAUACAAAUCGACAAUCGACUCGUGCAGCCUCAGUAUGAUUGCUUCGAGCGGAUAGCGCUCGGCGCGAUGCUGCCGUUCGAGAAGACGUUCCGGAACUCGGACACCAACUCGCUGAAGAUCUGCGAGACGCUCUGCCUCAACGACAAAGAAUGCCAAACGUUCGCUUUUGGCAUUUCCGGUCGGGGCAAUGGAACAUGUCAGCUGUCGGCGAACACGAUCGAUGCUACCAAUUCGCGCCCGGUCGGUACCAUCUUCGAUCCUGACUUUGAUCUGUACGCACGUAAAUACAACUGUUUUUUAGAUGGACCCACAAACCCGCCACCUCGGCCGGGAGGCCUGGGCAUUUUCCCGAAUGGUGAGCCGCAGCCUAGUGGUGGACCCCAGAGACAACCUCCUCCACCACCACCGCCACCCCCAACUGGUAGUGCAUUUCCUCCGCCGAGCAUAAUCGAACGACCCGGGCCACCCGUCUUCGGGCCCCCAGUUUCUGCGGGAAGCGUCGACCCUCAGCCGACCUCCAAUGGGGGCUUUGUUGAUCCCUCAAGACCAUCGGGACAAUUUGGUGGAACCGUUUCGCCAGUGGGGAGCACCUCACUCGGCACAACCUACGGUCAAACGGAAGAAGAAACCCCACCGGAGACGACGGCUCCAGCGGAGGAGUACUACACCACCAAGGACCACUCGCACCCGGCUCAGAACGGUGGCAGCCCAUACCAUACUACCAGUACGGCCGCCGGCCCUCAGUACAGUCUAACUACCGGUGAACGGCUGCCUCCGACGCAACCGGCCGGCACGAUGCCCGACCGUGAGAAUCCCACCAAGUAUCCAGUGGAUCUGCGUCCUCAGUACGGUUCGCCCAGCGGUCCCGGCACGGGCGGAGGGGGUCCCUCGAAGCCUGGAAACUAUCCGUACCACUUCCCCAUGCUGUACGAGACGAACUAUCCGCUGCCGAACAACAAGAACGGAUAUCCGGAGAUCUACGCGCAGAACGUACCGACGCUGGAUAACAACUAUCUCCGGCCGGAGUACGGUGGAACGAGCUUUGGACGCCCUUCGGGACCUUCGGGAGCCACACCGGCCAUAGGAAGUGGGAACGGUGUGUCAGGAUAUGGUGGAGUUCAGCGUCCAAGUUCCGCUGGGUCUACUGGAUAUGGGGGUGGACCGGGAGGUCCCAUACAGAGACCUCCGCCAUCAGGUCCAAGUGGAUACGGAGGACAAGUGGGACGACCGACAGCGGGUAAUGGACCCCCGUCGGGGUACGGUGUAGUCCGUCCAGGACCGGCUCCUCCAGUCAUACAAUCGGGACCAUCUGCAGGAGGAGGAGGAUAUAAUGUGCAUGAAGACAAACUAGAACUUCAUCCAGCGACUCCUUCCAAGCGCCCGUGCUAUCGCCGUGUACUUGCCGGGAAACGUGUUGCCUCACAUUGGGUACGGCGAACACUAAUCUGCGAACGGGUCGAAGACUGCCAGCGCGAAUGUGGUGACGAGCGGCGCUUCUCUUGCGAGGGAUUCAACUAUCGUUUGGAUCCGACGGGUCGAGGCCAAGGCGACUGCGAACUUAUCGACCAACCCCUGUCGCAGAUCGAUCUCUACUCAAGCCCGCACCAGCGAGACUCGAACCUUAUUCGCGAUCCGGACUAUGACUACUACGAACGUGAUCGCAGUGCGACGUCCAAUUGUAGACCGAGUUGCAAGGACUGCAUGGUUAAGCCGUUCCGCCCGGCCUUAGAGUUUGUGCGUCCGACCACCUACCGUCCGCAUCAUCCGGAGAACUACAAACCGUACCCAUCCGAGCCGCAUCCUUAUGAGGAGGAUCGGUACAAACCGUCAGUUACGGCGAUCGACAAGUACCGUCCACCAUUGUACGCUAGGCCAGACUUUGAGCGCUAUAGUCCUUCGUCGAGUUACUAUCCUCCACCUCCACCACCACUCCCUUCACCCGUUGAAUCCUAUCGUCCUUCGAUCUCGUAUAAACCACAGUACGGUAGCGAGAUCGAUCGCUACGGCACGCUGGAUCAUGGGUUCUUCAAGGUUCCGUACGAUCGACACGAAUAUCCGAAACCGAUCCACCACGAAGAGAUCCGGCCGGUCCAUCGUCCACGGCAUCCGUACGAAGAUCGCGACUCUCCGCCGCCACCUUCAGGGCCGCAUAUUUCGACCGGCCAACAGUACGGCCACAAACCGAACACCUUCAUCCCGUACCUGAUCGGACAGAACAUUCACAAGAACGGCGGUGUCUACGGUGGUUCGUAUGGCCCCUCGUUCAACACGGACUCGUACAAGUCGAUCUCCGACUAUUGGGGACUUCGAAAUGAGAUCAAACGCUACGACACUCCACCAUCGUUCAACUACUUUGAGCUGCGCAACGAUCACCACUUCGAUGAUAACAACGUGUGGAGCUACGGUGGAAGUAAAUAUGGAUACGAAGAGUCAUAUCCCUCGGCCGUGGUACCAUUCGAUCGGGAUCAUCAGCAACACCCGUACGUGGAUCACCAUCGGGGCAGCUUUGGUCAGCAGUGGAUUCGUCGACCGAGUCACGAAGAGUGCUCGGUGAAGUCGAGCGAAGGCUUCCGGCUGCAUAAGGGUGUGGUAAAGUACGCCCUCAACACACCGACCGUGGUUGAGUGUGAGCGGAUGUGCUAUUCCGAGUCGCGAUUCCGGUGUCUAACGUUCAGCUAUCGCUACUCGGCUGUGUCGCGUGAGAAUUGCUUGCUCUGCGAUCGACCGUUCAAUCUGCUCGAUUUCUAUGCGGACCUGGAGCCGGACCGGGAUUACGAUAUAUACUCGAUGAGUGACGACACGAAGACGUGUCAUCCGGAGCUGGGACCACCUCGGAGGGACUACAAUGCUCAAUGCUUCAUUCGAGUGAUCGAUUCGGGCCGCUUCUUCAAGUCGAUCGUUCGCGACUCACUUACAGUGCGAUCCAUAGGCGAAUGCGAGCUCGAAUGCAUCAAGGCGACAAAAUUCACCUGCCGUGCGUUUACCUACAGCUUCGGACCGAACAGCAUCAACGCGGUCAUUGACAACUGUCAACUGUCCGACUGGCCAGUGCGGGACAUGGACAAGGACCGUCACCUGGUGCCGGAUGAGACCUUCGACGUGUUCGAACGCGCCAGCUACGGACAGGGCUGCGAAAUUCAACCGAUCAUCGAUGACAAACAUCACAAGAAGUUCUGCUACCUCGGAUAUGGAUCACCGGCAAAGUUGCUCUCUUCGGCGAUUAAAAAAGUUACCUCCGUCAACACGGAACUGGAUUGCAAAAAUGAAUGCAUACGCUUGAGGGAAUCGACCCAUUUCAAGUGUCUUUCGUUCAGUUUUAGCUCGCAGGCGUCGACGUACAACUGCGAGAUGUCGGAUCUGGACCAGAGCGAGCUGAAGCUGGGCGUACAUUACGCCCAUACGAACGAUCGCGACUUUUGGCUGUUCGCCUGGAAUCCGUUCGACUACACCUGCCGCGAUAAGAUCACCACCAUUAGCAGCGGCAGCACCACCCGGAUGAACCACGAUCGCCGAAUAGACAUCUUCCGUGAACCGGGUGAUGGAAGUUGGCGUCAGUAUACCGUCUCGGGAAAACCCUGCCGCCUCGGUACCAAGUGCGAGCGGAACAAGAUCACAGGGUUUUACUCCUGUGAGAUAGAGGGUGGUGAGAUUGGUUCAUGGGAUUAUUGCUGUAAGGCCGAGCACCCUUGCGGCUACUCGCAAGGGUUCGACUAUCCAUGGUGCUACGUGGGUGAUGCCCCAGAUCAGUGGCGCAAGUGCAGCGAUAAGUACUUCCCCAAGAAACAGCACGAUUCGCGUUAUCAAAACAAGAAUAAAAAGGGUGAAAUCUAUCAGCCACCACCAAAGCCGGGAGGACUGAGGCACCUGGACGAUGUGACCGCACCGGCUGAGCUCUGGCCCGUCACCUACCUGUACGAGAAGGGUCCACCGAAUGCGACCGAGAUCAGCAGCAACGUGAUCGACUGCAAGAAGGAUAAGUGUUAG